CAAUCCGAGAACUCACGGGGCGUCGCCUAUUAUCGGUGUCGGUGGGAAGCCAGAACUGCGAUAUAACAGCGACGGAUCUGGGCCAUCCUCUCGCCUCGGAUGUCAUGCGAAUCCUGCCAACUUUGGAUAUACCCGGUCUCGCAUACACUGCUGGAGAGAGCGAAUUCUGCCAACUUUGAUUAUACCCGGUCUCGCAUACACUGCUCGAGAGGGCGAAACUUGCGAACAACUGUCGCCGAAAAGAUUUAAACCUUAGAUUUAAUCCCCGCCGUUCGAUCAAGCCAGGCUUUAUCGACGAGUGAUUGUGUGAUUGCAUAUCGUUCUUGAGGAAUCCUUCAGACCCACUGUGAUGAUACCCGGAGCGAUGAAGUGGCAGGCAUGGGCCUCGAUAGCCUCAACAGCGGUAGCUCUUUUUGCGCAGAGUACGGCGGUGUGUGGACAAUUUGUCUCUUCCUCCGCGUCAAACUAUACCUAUCGGGACAUGAUCGUACACACGGCCUUUGUGUGGGACAUCGCCGUCGGUCUACAAAACACGACUUUAUUUUCCUCCAGUUACGACAAUACGAUCGUUCAAUGGAAUAUAGCAACCGGCGCGAUAUUGCGUACGAUUGGCGCUACCUAUCAGCAUGACGCCCUGGCAGUCCAUCCUAGCAAUGUGCUUUAUGCCGCGCGCAUAAACGACUCCUCGGUGUGGAGCUGGAACAUAGACAACACGACGCAACAGGUAGGAGCGUCACCGAGCGGAACAGUAUACACCGGCCCUACCGAGUUGUUGUCGGGGUUGGAGACUUAUGGCAAUCAGAUCAUUGCUCCAUCGAAGGACAACAAGGCGUAUUUAUGGGAUAUUGGAACUGCCACUCCGUCUGCUACAGUACCAGGUGGUUUUGGCGACGCGGUUGGCGCGGUUUACGAUGGCCAGCACGUAUACACCACCUACAUCAGCCCACACAACUGGACUGCCGUCUACAAGUAUGAUUGGGCCAAUACCACCGCGCCCGUGGCGCUCUAUAACGUCACGACUUCAUAUCGCGUGGGUGCGCUUUUGGUGAUGGAUAGAUAUGUCAUUGCUGGUGACUUCAGCGGAAAUGUCCACGUCAUCAUUCGAGCCACUAUGCAAUCAUACCAGGUUUUCAAGCACGAUCCCGCCGGGGGCAAUGCCGCCGUAUGGACCCUUGGCCAGAUGGAUAAGGAUGGAGCAUCUUAUCUUCUUACCAGCGGGAAAGAUGAAGUAAUCCGGCAAUGGACGCUGAAGCCAACAUUCAGUCUCGCCUGGAGCUACGGAGCCGGUGUAGGUACCACGAACUCUUCGCUGGCACGCGCUGUCGCCGACACAGGGACGUACCUCGCCGCUGGUCAGAGCGAUGGUCGUAUUCGUCUCUGGAACAAGUGUCCAUGCGCAGUCACCACUUAUGGCUCGAGAACCGCGACUACGACAGCUACGGCCACACAGACGGAGACUCUGGUCAUGACAACAACUAGCGUACAGCCUACCACAACAACUAGCACCGUGAUCUCCGUGAGCGUCCAGCCUACCACGACAACCACCACUGUUGUCUCUGUCUCCAACUCCGUCUCCACCUCAGUCAGUGUCCAGUCAACCACGGAGACUAGCACGGUUAUCUCCGUUUCCACCUCCGUGAGCGUGCAGCCCACCACCACAACUAGCACUAUCAUCUCCACCAGCUUGCUUUCGGUAACCUCCACCACGACAACAACUGCGCCAGCCUCUACGGUCACUGCGACGACCACGACGGCUACCACGAGCACUAAGACCGACACCGCCACCACCACAACAACCGCGCCAGCCUCUACUAUCACUGCGACGACUACUACUGCGACUACCGUAGUUAGCGUUCAGUCUACGACGCUGACCGAUACCCAGACUACCACGGCCACUGCGACUAGUACCGCGACUCAGAUACAGAUGUCAACCGAAACCCAGAUCCAAACUCAGACUGCAACUCAAACGCAAACCAGCACUGCGACCGCGACGAGCACGGUCGUUUCAACUGAGGUGGACAACUAUUACUACACGAGCUAUUCGACUAUCACUUCGAUCAGUGAGCGGCCGGCUAGCACUGUUACGAGCACCACGACCGAAAUUUCGACCGAAAUCGACACGGAAACAUCAGUUUUGACCUUGAUUUCAACUGAAAUAGACAGUUUUUACUACACGAGCUAUUCUACCCUAACGACCAUCAGCGUGCAGCCCGCUAGCACUGUUACGAGCACCACAACGGCGCUCUCGACUCGCACUGAAGUCGACACGGAGACCGCGGUGUACUGGUCGACGAAGGAUGGCACUACCGUUUACCUGACUUCCACAGCAGACCCGGUGACGCAGACGGUUACCGAGUCUAGGAGAAUCGCGACGACGGAGACUUUGGUUGAAACUCAGACUCAGACUGAAACUGAGACUCAGGUUUCCACGGCAACUCAGACCGCCACAUCAUACUCGACCGUGCGUGAAACUGAGACGGCCACUUCGACCGCAACCGUGCGUGAAACGCAGACCGAUGUGCAAACCGAGCCCGCUUCUACUGUUACCCGAACACUCAGGAGCGUCGCGGAACCGACCACCACCACUACAGAAACCCAGACAACCACAGCCACUUCAGCUGUAACUGUCCGCGAGACAGAGACCGCGAGUGCAUCCCCCGUUACCGUAACUUCCGUUUCUGUGUUGACGCUCCCGGCUUCUACGACCACCGUGUCGCAGCCAGCUUCUACGAUCACGGUCACGGAGACGGAGCCGGCGGCAACAGUGACCGUAACCGAGAGGGGAUCCGCUUCGACAGUCACGGUGUCGGGGCCAGAAUCUACCCUCACGGUCACUGAAACGGAGCCCGCGGAAACAGUGACCGUCACCGAAAGGGAACCCGCCUCAACAAUCACAGUGACCGCACAGCCCUUGACUAUUACGAGUUUCAAAACCACAACAACAACCAGCACUGCUCAGCAGGUCGUCAGAACCACAGAAACAUCGACUACAUAUGUGACCGUCACGGCUACACCGGAUGGCACAGGUUCCGGCAGCGGCGGCGCCGGAACGACCACCGCCGCAGCCGCAUCCGUGGUGGGAGGUGUAGGAGCUUUGAGUGUCGUUUCUGCAAUCGUAUUCAUGCGCCGACGACGAGGCGCCGCGAACGAGCUGCAGAGUCGCGCAGUUGCCGACAACAUGACGAAUGCUGCUUACGCUGUGAGCAACCCACUUUAUCAGCCUCCUGUGGACAUGAUUGAGAACCCGCUCUAUAAUGACGACGGGAUGAUAGAAUAUUAGGCAGAUGCUGCUUGUGCAUUUAUGGCGGAGGAUCUGUAUGCGUUUUUGGGAUUGAUCUGUAUAGCUUAGGACUAGGUUAAUCAUAGCGUAGGAUAUGCCAAACUGACUCUCGUUGUUACAAGAUACCAAGCCUUUUGACCCUCCUUUCAAGAUUUGAGAGGAGUAGCUGGCUUUCACUGAUCGCAUUAGGCUCGAUGGGACCUAGUAUUAUGAGUUCCAGAACCCAUGCAGAACCUAUUGAAGUCAGCGCGUAUGUGAGGUGCACGCGUGAUGGAUUG